CGCCGCAGCCAUGGGCACGGUGCCGCAGCGCCUGCAGCGCUUCCUCGAUCGCCCCGGGCCACUCGGUGACCUGCUGGGUCGCCUGGAGGCCCGCACCGGCGUCCGGCGGCUCUACCUGGCCACAGGCUCUGCGGCCUUCCUGGGGCUGUACCUCGUGUUCGGCUAUGGCGCCUCGCUGCUCUGCAACCUCAUCGGCUUCGCCUACCCCGCGUACGUCUCCAUCAAAGCCAUCGAGAGCUCCAGCAAGGAGGACGACACCACGUGGCUGACGUACUGGGUGGUGUACGGCGUCUUCAGCGUAGCCGAGUUCUUCUCCGACAUCUUCCUCUACUGGUUCCCCUUCUACUACGCUGGGAAGUGCCUGUUCCUGGUGUGGUGCAUGGCCCCCGUGUCCUGGAACGGGUCGCAGGUGCUCUACCAGAACGUCAUCCGGCCCUGCUUCCUCAGGCACCACCAGACUGUGGACAACGUGCUGGGCAACCUCAGCACCAAAGCCCUGGACGCGGCUUCCACCGUCACCCGAGAAGUCCUGCAGACUCUGGUCAGCAGCAGAGCCCGGCUGGCGGCCGAGGUGGCACCGCAGCUCAGCUUGUCUCCUCCAGAGCAGCCCUGAACCUGGCCCAGGAAGCGGAGAAGAGCAAGUGAGAGGGGCCUCCGGUGCCCCCGGUACCGGCACCACGACCCCAGGCCUGGGCCUAGGCUUGGGUCCCACUUGGCCUGGGUCCCAGGUCCCUCUAAGCCAGGCCUAGGCCUGGGUCCUUGGUCCCACAAGGCCAGGCCUGGGCCUGGGCCUGGGUCCUCAGUCCCUCAAGGCCAGGCCUGGGCGUGAGUCAUGUUCAGCCUGGAUCCUGGGUCUCCCUAGGCCUAGGCCUGGGCC